UGGUAUCCUCCCAAUCUCCUGCUACGUAUAAAUUCCGCUGUUACUCAUAGAUCAAAGCAGAAGGAAUUAUACAUCCAGUCUGAUAACAAUGGCGGUGGAGAGCUUUUCCGGAGCAGAUAUCAGCGCGCUGCCGGAUGAAUGCAUAGCCAACGUGCUUUCGCUGACCAGCCCUAAGGACGCUUGCUGUUUGUCUCUGGUUGCGCCUAGCUUUCACUCCACGGCGCAAUUCGACGCCGUCUGGGACCGAUUCUUGCCUUCCGAUUACCGCGACAUUCUUUCCACCGCUGUCAAUAGCGCCGAUUUGCUCAAGCUGCCUUCCAGGAAGGAUCUUUACUUUCAUCUCUGCGAUCACCCCGUCAUUAUUGACGGCGGCACCAAGAGCUUCUCAUUAGAGAAAAGGAGUGGAAAGAAAUGUUAUAUGUUAGCUCCAAGGUCACUCCACAUUACUUGGGGCGAUGACAUUAGAUACUGGAAUUGGAUUUCUCUUCCUCAAUCAAGGUUUUCUGAAGUUCCUGAGCUUAAUCAUGUAUGGUGGCUUGAAAUUCGUGGCAAGAUAUGUGCAAAGUUGCUGUCACCAGGUACUAAUUACGCAGCAUACCUGGUGUUCUCACUGAAAUCAAAUGCUUAUGGUUUUGACUCCGUACCCAUCGAGGCUUCAAUAGCGAUUAGCGGACAGGAGGCUAAAACGAGGAAUGUUUAUUUGGAACCCCGCAGACACAUAGAAGCUGCAAGGCAGGUGCGGCAAUUGCGUUACCGAAUGCCUCAUGUGAUGAGACACAACGAGAGCACACCCCAAGAGGAGCAUGCAGAAUAUCGGAAGCAGAGAAGUGAUGGUUGGAUGGAAGUUGAGUUGGGGGAUAUAUUCAUCUCAACAAAUGGUGAAGAAGGGUGUAUAGAUAUAAGUUGUAUGGAGGUGAAAGAAGGAGAAGUGAAGCGCGGCUUAGUUGUGCAAGGAAUUGAGAUCAGACCAAAAGAGGGUAUUUAGUUUUGACUUUGGGGGAGUGAGAUCAAGCUAAGCUAAGAGUCUACCGUACUCUCUUUGUCCCAUUGAUUCUUUUUAGUAUUUUGUAACGUAAAAGAAACAAGUUGUUCUUCUCAAGAACAACCCCUCCUACUGUGUUAGUGGGAAAGAGAGGACGUGACAAAUGACAAUUGGAAUUUCAGAUUUUCCUAUAAGAAAUUGUCAAAGUAGUAAGAAAAUGUC